AUGCAGGCGCUCGCGCAGCAAACAAGGACGGUGGCGCCUGGCCGGCAGCGGACUGUCGCAGUGGCGGCGCGUAAAGCUGCUGGCAAGACCGCAGCGAAGACCACAAGGGCGGCCCCCAAGCAGGCUGCCAAAGGCGCCGCGUACAUCUGCUUGGACUGCGGUUGGGUUUACAGCGGCCAGGACGGACCUUUUGAAAAGCUGCCGCGCAAUUACAAGUGCCCUGUCUGCCUGAGCCCCAAGAGCCGCUUCGUGCCCAAGGACCAGCCCAAGAGGAGCUCCGCCAUCCGCCGCGCUGAGGGAGACGGCGUGGUCGGCGAGGAGGACAAGAGCCUCCUGCUGGCUGCGGCCGGCGGCGCGGCGGUGCUGCUGGGGCUGCUGUACUUCGUGCUCAACUCGCAGGUGUCGCCAUGA